UGGACCGACGCGCACGUCGCGGUCUGGCUAUCCGAAAUUAGGUGUGCACAUCUAGCCGCGACGUUCAGGGCGAAUGAUAUCCGAGGCGAUGUCCUGCUCGAGCUGGACCAGAUGAUCCUGAAGGAGAUGGGCAUGUCGAGCGUCGGAGACAGGGUGCGCAUUCUCAACGGCGUGAAGCACCUCCGACAACGAUGCUCCGCC